GGCACCCAUUCUCAGUUGUCAUCCAUUGGAUUUUAAAAAUGCAGGGAAGUCACCUCUACCCUUUUCUGUUUCUGUGCUCCAACUGUCGCCGGGCGUCUUGUCUCUGUACGCAUCUGCGUUGGCAGGUCAGCGCAUGCGCGUUUCGCGCUUUGAGAAAGCGCCGGGUCGGGGGAAGGCAGCUAGGCCGACUGAAGCUGGGGGCUCGCGUAGAUGUCUUCGCCGGAGGAGGCGCGCGUCGCGCCGUCCCCUGCAGGGGAUCUGCCCCCAGAGUGGGAAACGGAUGAAGAGCGCAUGGCCUUUCUGUUCUCGGCUUUCAAACAGAGCCGGGAGGUGAACGCCACCGAGUGGGACAGCAAGAUGGGCUUUUGGAGCGAGCUGGUGUUGAAAUGGGGGCGACGGAGAGGGGGGAUCCGCACCUGCAUGCGCGAGCUCCAGCAGGCUUUCGAGCGCCGGGGGAGCGUCCCCCUGGGGCUGGGCACUGUUCUCCGCGAGCUGCUCAGACGUGGCAAACUGCAGAGAGAGUCUGACUACAUGGCUAGUGUAGACAGUAGCUGGAUCUCCUGGGGUGUGGGAGUCUUCAUUCUGAAACCCCUGAAGUGGACCUUGACUAGCGUAUUAGGGGACAGCAAAAUGCCGGAGGAAGAGGAAGUUCUGAUUUACGUGGAGAUUCUUAAGGAGAAGGCAGAAGAAGUCUAUACUCUCUACCAGAAUUCCACACUUUCAUCCCACCCUGUUGUUGGUUUGUCUGAGCUGCGUUCCCUGUGCACCAGCAUCUGUCCAGAUGAGCAAACAUUUUGUCUGGUGCUGCUCCAAUUGCAGAAGGAAAAGAGGGUCACUGUCCUGGAACAGAAUGGUAAUAAGAUAAUGAAAUUUGCCCGAGGUCUUCAUGCAAAAGUUUCCCCAGUGAAUGAUGUGGACAUUGGGGUUUAUCAGUUGAUGCAAAGUGAACAGCUGUUGUCACAGAAAGUGGAAUCUCUGGCACAGGAAGCAGAGAGAUGUAAAGAGGAGGCUCGGAGUGCCUGUAAAGCUGGGAAGAAACAACUGGCCCUGAGGUCUUUGAAGUCCAGAAAAAGAGUAGAAAGGCGCAUUGCAGAACUUCAUUCCAAGCUGGACGUGGUUCAAGGCAUCCUAGAUCACAUAUAUGCCUCUCAGACAGAUCAAAUGGUAUUUAAUGCUUAUCAGGCUGGACUCGGAGCCCUGAAGUUAUCCAUGAAAGAUGUGACUGUGGAAAGGGCAGAGAACCUAGUGGAUCAAAUUCAGGAGCUUUGUGAUACCCAGGAUGAAGUAGCUCAGGCUUUAGCUGGUAUGGCAAUCAAUGGCUUAGAAGCAGAUGCAGAGGAACUUGAAAAAGAAUUGGACAAUCUUCUCAUGGACUCCUCAAAAGAUCUGCUGGACCUGCCUUCUGUUCCACAGAAGCCACUGUCUCCAGCUUCUUUAGUACCUCCUACCUUCUCAGAUGCUGAGCUUGAAGCAGAGUUGGAGAAGCUCACUCACUCAGACGGAGGAUUGGCACAAAAGACAGAUCUGAAUGCCUCUGAGCCCCAAAGAGCUCUGGAACUGCAUCUUCAAUGACUCAGUGCCACCUUUCUGCUCUGAAGAGGUCUUAACUUUGGUGAUCGUAAUUCCAGAAGGAACUUGUUGGAAUGUGGGUUAAUACCCGCUCUUGUUAGACCGCACUUUUCUGAUAGACAGGAAAUUCUGCCAUGACAAUCCAACCCCCUCAACAGAUUCUCGCUCUGUUGUCAUUUUUUCAGUGCCAAACUACAGUGUCUCUGGUUGAUUCGUUCACCUGCAUUGCCAGUCAUGGUUGCCCUUUCCUCUGGCAAGUUGAUUAUCUUGCUGAUAUUAAUGUUGAUCCACAUCCUGAGGGUUCUCUUGCUACUUCAUGGAACUCCACCUUGGGACAACUUGAAAUGCAAUAAGGUCACGCUCAGUCUGGCAUCCUGCUGUUUUGUGUAAUUGUGCAAAACAUUUAGUGGAUGCACUAGAUAAGAUAGUGACUCUGAUAG